GCCUUCAAUCCUCCUCCCUUGAAUUAUAAGUGGGCCGACGUGGCUAUCAUCUCCACCGUGUCAGUAUAUGUUAACAGAUUUCCCUGUUAGCAGUUUAACUUUUUCGAAUGUAACUAGGUUUAACCCUCUAGAUCACAUCCAAACAUUCCUUAACGGGUCGCUGAAUCGCUUCCUGAUGCACAACGACGCCGUGCAAAGACCCGUUAACCUCCGGACGGCGCACGACAAACUCCUCUUUGUUCACCGUUGAUCGACCAUGGAGCUCACCCUUCCGUCCGGCAUCCCUAGCUCUUCCACCUUGCGGCGGCUCAGAAUUCUUCCCCAAAGACACACCGCGUGGUUCUCAGGGAUUCAAUACCCCGUCUUCCCUUCAAGCCCGAGACCAAUGGACCGACAGUCAUUGACGUCAAAAUCCACAACCCCGUGCGCCGCCUCUCCUAUCGGUGACAACGGCUCCUCCUCCAUCUCCGCCGCUUCGCCGGUACAGGCAGUUGGAGGCCGGGUUGGGGAAGUGAAGAGGGUCACCAAAGAGACCAAUGUUUUUGUGAAAAUUAACUUGGAUGGUACUGGGGUUGCUGAUUCUUCUACGGGAAUCCCAUUUCUCGAUCACAUGUUAGAUCAACUCGCGUCGCAUGGGCUAUUCGAUGUACAUGUGAGGGCAACUGGUGACAUUCAUAUCGAUGACCAUCACACCAAUGAAGAUGUUGCUCUUGCUAUUGGCACGGCUUUGCUGCAGGCUCUUGGUGAUAGGAAAGGAAUUCACCGGUUUGGGGAUUUCUCAGCUCCUCUGGAUGAAGCAUUGAUUCACGUCGCCUUGGAUUUAUCUGGGAGACCAUAUUUAGGUUAUGAUUUGCAGAUUCCCACUCAGAGAGUUGGUACCUAUGACACUCAGUUGGUUGAGCAUUUUUUCCAGUCAUUAGCGAAUACUUCUGGUAUGACACUUCACAUCCGACAGCUUGCUGGAAAGAAUUCCCACCACAUUAUUGAGGCAACCUUCAAAGCUUUCGCCAGGGCUCUUCGACAAGCAACAGAACUUGACCCACGACGCCUUGGGACCGUACCAAGCUCAAAGGGUGUUCUGUCGCGUUCUUGACGAGUUCAUUGCCAUAGUUGAAGCAACAAGUGACUGAGGGGCAAUCUGAGCAUGUUGGGAUCACAAGUACCCACCAAUUUGUAACUCCAUCCCAAUUACGAAGACUAGUGUUGUGGUCGAAUGUGAAAUCAUGGAAUUCAUAGGAUGAUGGGGUCAGCCAAACCCGUUUCAGUCUUUGAUGCUUCUAUUGCCCUUUCCAGAGUGACUGGGAGGGGAUUAAUUUUUGGAAUUGUGAAUGAGUUGGGUUUAUAAUAUAUAUUUUAGGCUUGUGCGUUUGGAGAUAUAUUACUUAUAGCCAGAAUAUUAAAAGUUUCAUGACAAA